UGAAACGCAAAUAUGUAUUUGUAUAAUUGAAAAUAGGUAUUGAUCGAUUCUAUUGCGCACUACAAUAUAAUUGUCAUCCAUCUUACAUUCAGAUCAUUGACCGGUAAAUUACCGUUUAGGUAGAAGAUGGCUAACCGAAGACCUCAGGGGGGCGGUCGCCGCAUGGACUACGGUCACAAUGAUCGCGGGAAGAACUUCGGGCGUUCCGGAGUAUCGCCAUGGCAGGGCGGUGGGCCGAGCGGGUCCUUACCUAACCUUUUACCGCUUUCCGGUGUCCCUACCGAAGCCACGCUGGCAUUAGCCAGCAAUAUCAUCAACUUGCUGCAGCCGAGGCAGAACCAGGUCCCUUCUCUCCUAGACAUGCCAAUGCGACGGGACUUCGGACCGGACAUGGGCCGUUAUGACAGAGGUUAUGGUGGACCUAAUCGGAUGGGCAAUCAGGGUAAUUUCCGGCGUACGGGGAAUUACAACAGUCGCACGGGUGAGCGUAUCAACAUGAAUCGUAAGCCGUUCAGACCCAAUGACGGGCGCCACCACCACAAGAACUCCCCGAAAAAGGAAGCCGAUUCCAAGGCUAAACCUGUCAAGGAGAGCGAAGAGAAAGACAAGGACUCGAAAGAUGAAGACUCCAAGGAGGGCCCGAAGACCCGGUACGAUGACAUCGAUGCCCAGCUGCUGCGGUGCCACAUCUGCCACAAGAGCAUGUGGGACGGCAGGAGCUUCGAGAACCACCUGAGCGGCCGGGCCCAUGCCAUCAUGAUGCAGAAGACUGCGGAGAGUUAUGCGCUCACUGCUGAUACUAUGAGGCAGGAGUAUAAGAUCCGCGAGAUGAAACGCACUCGCAAAUCCGGACAACAACCGGCUAGAGAUUUCUACUGCGCGAUGUGCGACAUGUACGCCGGGGACGGCGCCGUUCACCGCACCACUGUCGGCCACCGCAAGCUUAAGAAAUACCUGCACCCAACAUGCACAUGCUGCCACAAGGAGAUGCCGACUCGCAUUGAGCUGGACGAGCACCGGCUCAGCGCGGAGCACCUCCGGAACAUCCAUGACAAGAAUGAGCUGGUCACCAAGCCCAAGCCGGAAGUGAUGGUGAUAUCGACGCUCACCAUGGAGCAGUCGUACCUGCGCGAGGACCGCGAGCGCCGCAAGCCGCAAGACGACAAGGAGAAGACCGCCGACAAGGAAGCCAACGAGGACGGCGAGGCGGAGGUGAAGGUAGAGCCGGUGGAAGGCGACGAGGCGAAACCUGAGAAGGAGAGUCUGGACAACGACAACACCGUCCUGGACUACAAGGAGGGUGAUGACCUGACCAACAUCACACCCGACAUGCUGCCCGCUUACAGAGGCUUGGAUAAUGACAACACCGUCCUGGACUACAAGGAGGGGGAUGACCUGACCAACAUCACACCCGACAUGCUGCCCGCCUACAGCACCGAGCGUGGCGUAGGCGCCUCCUUCCUGCAGCCGUUCCACUGCGUGCAGUGCAAGCUGUGCCGCAAGCUCCUAGACGGUGAUGAGACCGCUGAAGUUCAUCUGAGGACCUGGAGGCAUCACCAGCUCUUCACGCGUCUGCUGACCCAGCAGCAGGAGGCUAAACAGCAAGCAGCGGAAGUUGAAGCCGAGAAGGCCGAACAAGAGUCCAACAAGCGCGUUGCCAAGGCCGAAGAGAGCGGCAACUGGAAGCGACGCCGCACCUCCGAGACCGGGCACGAGGCCAACGGACACGGAGACGACGAUAUGAAGGUCGGUAGAGUCCACGCCGAGGCCGAAGAGAGCGGCAACUGGAAGCGACGCCGCACCUCCGAGACCGGGCACGAGGCCAACGGACACGGAGACGACGAUAUGAAGGAUGAUGUGGACGGCGUGGAUGAAGGCGGGGCGGAGUUGCCGCCGGACGACGCUCUUGAAGACUGGGAGCAGAGCGUCGAUGAGAUCCUGCAGGACGAGCGGGGUCAGUACUGA